AUGGCCACCACGGAGGCUUCAUCACCGCAUUUCAAGACAAUCCAAGAGCUGAAACUCGACUACGCGCCGAUUACCAUCACACAGUAUGAGUCCACUAGGACUGGCAUGCGAGUCGCUGUCGUCGAUCAGAAAGGUCCAAAGGUUAAUGGCUAUUUCGCACUGGCGACCGAGAUACAUGAUGACAGCGGGUCCCCUCACACGCUCGAGCACCUUUGCUUUAUGGGCUCCAAAGCCUACCAUUACAAAGGCCUUCUGGACAAGCUUGCAACACGAAUGUACUCAACAACCAACGCUUGGACUGCUGUUGAGACUACGACGUACACACUGGACACUGCAGGAUGGGAGGCGUUCUCAAAGAUGCUGCCAGUCUAUCUGGAUCAUUUGAUUGUUCCCACUUUGAAUGACGCAGGAUGCUAUACUGAGGUGCACCACAUCAACGGAUCUGGCGAAAAUGCUGGGGUCGUAUAUUCAGAAAUGCAGGCGACACAGAACCAAGGCCCAGAACUGAUCGACCUUGCGUUGCGUCGUACCAUCUAUCCCGAAGACAUCGGCUUCCGAUACGAGACCGGCGGCAUGAUGGAGCAACUCAGAGUACUCACUGCCGACAGAAUAAGAGAUUAUCACAAGGAGAUGUAUCAGCCGAAGAAUAUGCGACUGGUCAUCACUGGCGAGGUCGACCACAAGGAGCUCCUCCAGAUCGUAGAUGCUUUCGAGGAGACCAUCCUAGAAGAUGUACCCAGCGUCGAUGCACCCUUCAAGCGGCCAUGGUUUGACUCAAAGCGGACGCCACCGAUUCAAGAAAGUAUUGUGAAGACUGUGAAAUUCCCAGAAGAAGACGAGUCAUCCGGUGAACUCGUCAUCGGCUAUCUUGGUCCGCCGUACAAUGAUACUAUCGGUGGCAGCGCUAUCGCUGUUCUCUCUCAAUAUCUCUGCGGCUCAUCGAUCUCGGUUCUGGAGAAUACUCUGGUUGAGAGCGAACAACUUUGCAGUAUGGUCUACUGUUCGACUGAAGACCGCACCGACUCGACCAUUACUUUCUACAUGACCUCGGUCAAGACAGAUCGGCUGCAAGAAGUGGAGCAGCGUUUCGUGAGUCUGCUAAAGGAAGUGGCAAGCAAGCCACUAGACAUGGAGUACAUGCACGACUGCAUCAGCCGCCUGAAGCGACAACUCAUUUCGAGGUGUGAGAAUGCUGGCGACUUCUUCUCUCAGAUUGUCAUCGAGGAUCACCUGUAUGGUGAUCGUACAGGUAGUGACUUGAAGAAUGUCGAAAACCUUGAAGACUUCGAUAUACUCUCAAAGUGGACAGAGCAGCAAUGGCUCGACUUCCACAAGAAAUGGCUCGUAGACGCAAAUCGUGUCUCUAUUCUGGGUGUGCCGUCAAAGGAGCUUUCUGAGAAGGUGACCAAGUAUGAAAAGGCCAGAGUCAAGGCUCAGCAGGAAGAGCUUGGCGAGGAGGGCAUGAAGAAGCUUGCUCAACAGCUAAAAGAUGCUCAGGCUGAGAACGAUCGACCGAUUCCCGAGUCGCUGCUAGAGAAGUUUAAGGUCCCGAGCACAGACUCAAUACAUUUCAUAUCCACCACGACCGCGAGAUCCGGUGCUGCACGGAAGCAGGGCAAGCUCAGCCAUGAUAUUCAGAGCAUCGUCGACAAAGACGACAACGGCUCGCCGUUAUUCAUACACUUCGAACACAUUCCGUCCAACUUCGUCCGCGUCCAGCUCAUCAUCGGCACAAGCACGGUCCCAACAGAAUUGAAGCCUUUGCUGACACUAUACCUCAUGAACUUCUUCACAACGCCUGUUAUGCGAGGAGCCAAACGCAUCGAGUUCGAAGACGUGGUGCUCGACCUCGAGAGGGAGACAGUCAGCUACUCGAUGAGCCGUGCACCCGGCAACUCCGAUAUGCUCUACAUCUUUCUGGAAGCCGAGGUCGACCGCUACGAGAUUAUCAUCGAGUGGGUGAGGACGAUGUUGUUUGACGCUGUCCAUGAUCCAGCACGACUGUAUGCCUCACUAACAAAAGUCUUGGCUGAUGUACCGGAUGAGAAGCGCAGUGCAGACAGCAUGGCUUCGCAAUGUCUGCUUAUGUUGCAGCAGGGACGUGGAUCAGCAGUGAGAGCGCAGAGUACCUUGGCGAAGUCUCUAUACCUGCGGAGGACUCGCAAGAUGCUCAAGGAUGAUGAGGAAGGCAUGGUACGAAAGUUUACUCAGUUAUGCAAAGCUCUUCACCGGCCUGCGAACUUCAGAGUCUUCGUGGCUGCCAACGUUGAGAAGCUGAAGAACCCGGUCUCGGCGUGGGAUGUACUUACCAAGGGCUUCGACAUGAACGAGCCUCUGCAGCCGCUUGACGAUCGCAAGGCGCAUCUCAGCGACAUCGGCAAACGACCCAGCAACACCGCAUUCAUUGUCCCCAUGGCAGCAACAGACUCAUCGUUCGCUAUGCUGUCCACGAAAGGACCGGACGCCUGGGACCACCCAGACCUGCCAGCUUUGCGAGUUGCCUCCGCCUAUAUGGAUGCUGUAGAAGGUCCGCUCUGGGUCAGCGUACGGGGCACAGGUCUUGCGUACGGUACCUACUGGCGCUACGCCAUCGACACCGGCCUCAUGACUUUCACCAUCUACCGCGCCCCAGACUCUUACAAGGCGUGGACGAUCUGCAAGGAACAAGUCGAAGGCUAUGCAAGUGGCACAUUGCCCUUCGACAGGUUCGCACUUGAGGGCGCAAUCAGCGAGAUCGUGCUCGGCAUGGCCAGCGAACAGCCCAGUAUGUCCGCAGCAGCAGACACGAGCUUCAUCAACCAGGUCAUGCGAGGCGUAGACAAGGACUGGAGUCAUCGUCAGCUUGCGAAGGUUCGUGCGGUCACGCCGGAGCAAAUCAUGGCAGCAAUGAGGAAAUAUAUGGUCCCGGCUUUCCAGGCGGAGACCUGCAAUAUGGCCGUGACUUGUGCACAGAUCAUGGAGGAGGGCUUGGUGAAGAGGUUUGAGGAGGCUGGGUUCAAGCCUGAGGUCCGAACACUUGAUUCGUUCCAGGACGAUUAUGGACUGGCUGCGCCAGAGGGCGAGGAGGAGGAGAUUGAUGCGGCGGACGAAGAUGAGGAUGACGAGGACGAGGCGAUGGAUACGCCUGAGAGUGACGAGGGCGAUGAGGAAGCUUAG